AUGUCGAAACAGGAGAAUCGUAUCGCCGUCGUUGGAAUGGCUUGCCGCCUUCCUGGUGGGGUGGACAGCCCUGAAGGUCUAUGGUCUCUUCUUGCAGAAGGCAGAGAUGGGCGAAAAGAAGUACCUAAAGACAGGUGGGACUGGAAAUCAUUCUACAAUGAGAAUCCAGAUACCAGAGACGCGACGAAUUUCAGUCAUGCCUACUUUCUCGACGGAGAUGUUUCUGCGUUCGACGCUCGCUUUUUCAACAUUCCUGGGACCGAUGCAGCGUCUAUGGAUCCUCAGCAGAGGUUUUUGCUUGAAGUGACUUAUGAAGCGCUUGAGAAUGCUGGCUUGCCAAUUGAAGAGUUGCGUGGAUCUGAUACAUCUGUUCACAUGGCCAUGUUUGCUAGGGACUAUGAUCGCAUGGGUUAUAGAGAUUUGUCGCAAGUGAGCAUGACCCAUAUCAUUGGAGCAGGAGAAGCCAUUCUGGCCAACAGAAUCUCCUACGUAUUGGAUUUGAAAGGAAGCUCCAAUACUUUGGACACUGGAUGCUCUGGUGGUCUUGUGGCUCUGCACCAAGCGUGUCAAACGCUGAGAGCAGACGAGGCCACGAUAGCUCUGGCGGGAGCAAGUCAGCUUUUACUCACUCCUGACCAAUCUCUCGUCAUGUCACAGCUUACCAACAAAGAUGGGAGAUCGUACACCUUUGAUGAUCGUGGCGCUGGUUAUGCACGAGGUGAAGGUAUGGGUGUGCUCGUGUUGAAACGCCUGGAUCGAGCUGUAGCAGACGGUGAUUACGUUCACGCAGUCCUGCUGGAGUCAGGCGUGGGCCAUGACGGAAAGACAUCUGGCAUCUUCCUACCAAACAGUCACGCUCAAGAAGCUCUAGCUCGAUCUGUCUACUCAAGAGCUGGCCUCGAUCCCCUCGAGACAUUAUUUGUCGAGAGCCACGGAACAGGUACUGUCGCUGGUGAUAACGCCGAGGUCGGGUCUAUCGCUAGAGUAUUUGGUCGCGAAGCAGGAAGAACCACAGAUCUACCGGUUGGAAGUAUCAAGACGAACAUUGGACAUUUGGAAGCUGCGAGUGGUGUUGCGAGCGCAAUCAAGGCUAUCAUGGUUCUCAAGAAGAAUCAAAUCCCCCCGCAGCUCAACUUCGUCAAUCCGAAGCCUGGCCUUGAUCUCGAGAAGAAAGGUAUCAAGGUACCUCUUGAACUCAUGCCUCUCGCGCCAGAGAACCAUACAGAACCUCGCAGAGUGUCUGUCAAUAGUUUUGGAUAUGGUGGAACAAACGCCCACGUCAUCCUCCAGGGUUACGAUCUUGACUCUCAACCUCAUCGUGACCAGAGCAGCGACAUGAGGCCCAUUGUUCUGUCGGCAAACUCGGAAUCAUCCCUGAAGAAAUUGAUCGACAAUACACGACAGUGGCUACAGUCAGAGGGGAGCCAGUCAGUCUCCUUCGUCGAUCUGGCCUACACCCUCAACAAACGCCGCUCAAAGCUGCCAUGGCGCUGCAGUGUUGUUGCAAGCGACAUACAAGGGCUUCAAGCAGCUCUCGGGGACGUUAGCCUCCAGCGAGUCAAGUCAUCACGAGACGUUGGGCUGGCCUUUAUCUUUACUGGUCAGGGUGCACAGUGGUUUGCUAUGGGCCGCGAGUUGCUCACGAGUUCCCAGGCCAUCGAGUUCUCUUCUUCUAUUUCACACUGCAACAAUGCUAUGGAAGCAUUAGGAUGUGAAUGGGAUCUUAUCGAGGAGCUUUCACGGGACGAGGAGUCAUCACGACUGGGUGAGGCGAGAUUUGCUCAGCCAGCCACCACGGCGGUGCAAAUCGCCAUGGUCGACCUCCUUGCUAAUGCCUAUGGCAUUCAACCUGAAGCUGUCUGUGGUCACAGCUCGGGAGAAAUUGCAGCUGCCUAUGCCGCCGGAGCUUUGUCCAGGGAAGCGGCUAUGCAAGUGUCUUACAUGAGAGGUAUUUGUUCUGCGAAGGCCAAGACCCUGAACUCAAGUCCUGGAGGCAUGUUGGCUGUAGGGGAAGGACCUGAUGCCAUUGGCGAACGGAUCAAGAAGAUCGACAGCAGUUUUGGUAAGAUCACUGUGGCCUGUGUCAACAGUCCCGAGAGCACCACCAUUUCUGGAGAUGUUGCAGCGCUUGAAGAACUCCAAGUUGCUUUGGUUGAGGCUUCAGUCUUUAAUAGACGUAUCAAAGUGGACUCGGCGUAUCAUUCUCAUCACAUGGAGGUGGUCGCCCCAUCAUAUCUCACAUCUCUUGAUGCGUUGAUAACCACUGAGACACGAGAUGAAGUUGCAUUCUUCUCUUCUGUUACUGGUGUCCGCAAGACGUCUGGAUUUGGAGCAGAUUAUUGGGUGUCUAACCUGGUGUCCCAGGUCAAGUUCAGCACGGCUUCUCAACUCGUCGCGCAGCACUUAUCCAAUGUCCAUUCCUCCGGAAUCAACAUGUUGAUCGAAGUCGGCCCUCAUGCCGCUCUAUCUGGUCCUCUUAGACAGUCCUUGUCGGAGUCCAACUUCAAGUUGGCCUCGGGGGCUUCUUUCAAGUACAACUAUUCCCCAUGUCUUGUUCGAAGCACAAGUGCGCUCAAGUCUGUAUCGACACUGGUUGGAAAGGCCUUCGAUGCCGGUGUUUCCGUUCGAAUGGAUAUUGGUAGUAACGACGUCCAGCCUCGAGUUGUCCCUGAGCUCCCCUCGUAUCCCUGGGAUCACAGCAACACUUACUGGCGCGAGUCAAGGCUGAGCAAAAAUAACCGGAUGCGUCCAUUCCCACCACACGAUCUACUUGGCCUGUUCGACCCGGCUAGCUCACCGUACGAGCCGCGAUGGAGGUACCAUGUUAGUCUUGCCAAUACACCUUGGCUGCGUGAUCACGUAAUUGAGGGAUUCAUGAUCUUCCCGGGUGCUGGAUAUCUCAUUAUGGUCAUUGAGGCUAUGAAGCAAUUAUUCCAGCUGCGCAACACGGCAGGUCGCAUUACCAAUGUCAAUGUCCAGAACAUGACCAUCUCCAAUCCUGUCAUCAUACACGAUGACGACAAUUCCAAGGAGAGUCAGGUAGUGGAACUUCAACUCAUAAUCAGCCCUUCUCGGCAGUAUACGGGUAGUUCCUGGGAACACUUCCGUAUCAUCUCUUAUGAUUCCCAAAAGGGCUCUUGGGUUGACAACUGCAGCGGCCUUGUUUCAUGGGACUCGGUUAACAUCAAAUCUGGAGCUACUGCUCAAUCGCAGGCAGAUGGCUUUGCGAGUGCCGAAGAAGAUGGCGGCUUGGGUCAUUUAUCGAAAGGUGCAGCUCAAGCAUGGCUACGAGACAUCCAAGCUGCCUGUCACAUUCCUCUGGAUGCUUCAGAGACAUAUCUCGACCUGAAGACAGCUGGCAAUGAGUACGGCGAGAUAUUUCAAGGCAUGAAAGAGAUUCAUGUCGGUGACGGGUAUGCUAUGGCUAAGGUCGUCAUCCCUGAUAUCACCCAGUUCGUGCCAGGGCACUCCAUGCAGCCGCAUACCAUCCAUCCUAGCGUCUUCGACUGUCUUUGCCAACUUGAUGCUGUUUGUUUCCGAAGACAAGGGCUUAUGGCACCUGUCAUGCCCACCAACAUGGGGCAGAUCUCGGUUGCAGUCGACAUGGACAGUUCACCUGGUACUGAAAUCGUGGUAGCUCUGCAGCAUUGGCAGCACACCCCACGAGACUCUACUUAUGCAUUCUAUGCGUACCAGAGUAUGACCGACGGUACUUGUCGUCCUGUUGUAACAUGCAACAAUGCUCGACUCAAGGCUGUGGGGGAGGGUGAUGUGGAUGAUGAAGCCAACAACAAGAUGACCUAUCGCAUAGAUUGGAAACCUGAUGUCGACUUUAUGGCCCAAGAUGACUUUGCGCCUCCCACGUCGAGCCCCAUUUCGCGUGUCUAUGGAGAAAAUGACGGUACUCUUUCCGAUAACCAUGCGGCACGGAUCGCGGCAUACAUGAGAUCCCUUAUCCACAAGAGUCCCAACAUGGACGUGUUGAUGGUCGGCAAUGGACCCAGCGGUGCCACUAUGUCGCUGAUGGGGGCUAUUGAGUCCCACAGCCGUUCGUCACUAGUUGCGUACACUUAUACUGACGUUUUGCCCGAGCUGGUUGAUCAGGCGCGCACGAAGUUCAAGGACUGGGUUGCCCCCAUUGAUUUCAAGACGCUCGACAUUUCUCAGGACCCUGUCCACCAAGGACUCAGUGCCCAUGGAUACCAUUUGAUUGUGGCUUCUAUGGUCUCUUUCACUUCAACUGGGAGAGGCACCGCUAUUGAGCAUAUCAAGAAGCUCAUGAGAUCAGAUGGCAGACUGGUACUCCUGGAACCGACUCACCCUGCGGCGUCUGAGAAUGGACGCAUCGAUGAACUGCAUAUCAGCGUGUCUCAGUGGGAUGCUUUCUUGAAGGACUGUGGCUUUAGUGGACUUGAUCUUGCGUUCUCCGAAAAUCACUCGUCCAAUAACGCUAGGACUCUGAUGGUGACUCGACUUCUCCCUUCAGCGAUAAGCAUAGCUGGCGGCCCUCAGCACGUAGCCAAGAAGGCGAAAGCGGAGGUCCUCCUUGGAUAUUCGGAUGAUGCCGACCAAGCUGCACUCGGCCAAGCCCUAACAACUGGCUUAAAGCAGAGAGGUAUAGAGUGCACUAUGGAGAAGUUGGAAGCUGCAUCCGAACAUUCACCUAUCACGGUUGUCAUCGAUUCUGUCGAGCACCCACUUCUUCUGUCACCCAGCUCAGAAACCUUCCAGCAGGUCAAGCAACUCCUUCUUCGUGGCGGAAACGUUCUUUGGCUCAGCUUCCACGCCUCACAAGAAUCUGGGAACGAGGCGGCACUGAUGAAGAUGGCAGGUGGUAUGGCCCGCGUUCUACGACGUGAAAACCCCACUUUGCGAUUGAUCACAGUUGAUGUUCAAGACCCGAUACAUUCUUCCAUUAACGAGGGCCAGGCACAGAGUAUCGUCGGGUUACUCGCAGAUGUGACGAUGUUGUCAUUCUUGUCACCUGAGGGUACUGCAUGCGCAGAGAAUGAGUACUCCAUUAGUAAUGGCAAGCUCCUCAUCCCACGAGUGUUGCCAGAUGAUCACCUGUCUAUGCACAUCAACAGUCGAAUCAAUCCCCGGAAUAAUACAAGCGGGGAUGCAUCCACAGUGCCCUGCUCAUACAUUAAUAGGGACAGGCGUAUCAAGUUUGACAUCAGGGUUCCAGGUUUGCUAAAGACUAUACGUUUUGUGGAUAACGAGGAGAUGCUGAACCCUCUCGGCCCGGAUGAGGUUCAGAUCGAGGCUCGAGCAUACGGCGUCAACUUCAAGGACGUGCUUAUAGCUUUGGGUCAGAUGCCACCUGCAACCCAGAUGACAGGUGAGAUUGCCGGUGUCAUCACCGCUGUGGGUUCCAACGUUUCGUCGCACAAGCCAGGCGACAGGGUAACAGCGCUCUUUGUGACUCCAUUGGGUAACGAAGUUCGCGUCAACAGUAACAAUGUGGUUGCCAUCCCAGACUCUGUCAGCUUUACCGACGCAGCUUCUAUUCCCCUCAUCUUUGUUACCGCCUGGUACUGCCUUUACCAUGUCGCGCGGCUCGAGACAGGCCAGAGCGUCCUGAUUCACGCCGGAUCUGGAGGUGUAGGACAGGCAGCAAUCCAGCUCGCCCAGCUAAUGGGAGCUGAGGUCUUUGUCACCGUUGGUAGUAGGACAAAGAAGAAGCUGAUUAAGCAGAAAUAUGGCUUGGAUGACAAUUACAUCUUCUCGUCGCGAUCAAGCCACUUCAGAAAGCAGAUCUUCGAUGCAACUCAGGGCAGGGGCGUCGAUGUUGUCUUGAACUCGCUGUCGGGCCAGCUCCUGAGAGACAGUUGGGAUUGCCUCGCACCCUUUGGUACGUUUUGUGAGAUCGGCAAGGCCGAUAUUAUCGGUGGUGGUCAGCUCAACAUGACCAAGUUCGACAAGCAGGCUACUUUUGCUGCAGUAGACAUUUUCUAUAUGCAUCAGCAUCGUCCGGAACGUGUGGUUCGUGGCAUCAAGGAGGUAUUGUCCAUGGUAGAUCGGGGCAUGCUCAAGCCUGUAUACCCUGUCACCACCUUCGACAUGUCAUGCAUCGAGCAAGCCUUCUCCCUGAUGGCAGAGAGGAAGCAUAUGGGGAAGCUGGUGCUUCUUGCCAACGAGAACACUCUUGUACAAGCCACCCGACCUAAGGCUCCCGGUCUUCGCUUACAGCAAGAGGGGACUUAUGUCAUCGGUGGUGGACUCGGUGAUAUUGGCAAGAGGAUUGGACGGCUUCUCGCUGAGAAUGGCGCUGGUCACAUAGUGGCUCUUACUCGCCGAGACACAGGCUCGGUAGCGCAGCAGCCUGCCAUUGUUGCGUUUGAAAAGGUCAUUAAUGAACUGGGUGGCGCUCUCCAUAUCGUUCAGUGUGAUAUUGCCGAUGAAACCAGCACCCGCAGCGCCGCAGAUCAGUUAGCCAAGCUCAGUCUACCUCCCGUCAGAGGCAUCAUCCAAAGCGCUACGGUCCUCCGAGACCACCCUUGGGAGUACAUGGAGGCUGAUGACUGGAACGAGUCUGUCAAGCCCAAAGUUCAGGGUACAAUCAAUAUGAAUGACUACUUCUGCUCUCCUGAAGGCACAGAUUUCUUUGUUAUGCUGUCAUCAGUGGCAAGCAUCGUGGGCUCCGCCUCGCAAAGCAACUAUGCCGCUGGAAAUGCGUUCCUAGAGGCUUUUGCUCAUUCUCAGACACAAGCUUCGCGAGGUAUCACCAAGUACGUGGCGGUGAACGUAGGAGCUGUCGAGGGCUCCGAGUUGAUCGCAGGUGUGCAGGAUCAAGGAAUCGACAUCACCAACAUGAUUGGCUCUGUUUCAUUCGAUGAGGUUCUUGCGACCCUCGAAUACGCCAUGAACGUGGACGCUCGCGCGGAUCCCACCGUUGUUCAACAUCUCAUGCACUUCAGCCGUGACAAGAUGGAAGCUUCUUCUGGCCCAUGGGCACUAAGCGAUCCUCUGUAUGACCAUGUUCCCAGUAAGAUGAGAUUGGAGGCUAGAUCAUCCAGUAAGGGUGGCGAUGGCAAGAAGCAGACCAUCCUGCAGGCCGUUGAGGAAGCUGAGACAGUAGCUGAAGCCGAGGCCAUUGUGAAGCAGGCGUUGCUAGAUAAGUUCGAAGCUUUCCUUGGCGACGAUGUUCCUGAUAUCGCUAUCGCGGCGCUGGGACUUGACUCCCUGGUCUCGAUUGAGCUGAAGAACUGGGUUAGACAUACGUUCAAGACGCCUCUUCAGAUCUCUGAGCUUACUGGCGCCCCAAGCAUGAUUGCUCUUGCAAGCCUGAUCGUUUCGAGAAUGAUCCUCAAGUUCAACCGUACCAAUGGCCCUGUUGUUGACCUUGACACCCAUCACAUUGGGCAACGUAUCACUCAUCCACUGGAAGCCUCACAACCAAUUGUUUCUUCCGACUCUUCUGACGCCGUCCUGACUGACGACGCAACAGACGGAACGAGUACUGUGAGUGAGCCUGACUGGCAUGGUCAGAACUGCUGCAAGGCUUACAAGGAAUUGCCUGUCAUGCCGUUGCCGAAUCUUGAUGAGACCCUUGACUACUGGCUUGAUUCCAACCAACACCUCUUUGGGCCUGACCAGCUCGAGUCCAUCCACCGAGAUAUGAAAACCAUGCGAGCUCCCGACAGCCCUGCCCGUCAAAUUAUCAAAGACUUAUACGAAAAACAUGCAGACGACAGGACCAACGCUUGGUUUACCGAUAUUGUUACGAACGCCCGUUUCCUGUGUAGACGAGCACCUGUCGCUCCAUGGACCAGCAUCAUGGUCUCUCAACGCGAAAACCCUGGCAAGAGACACUCUCAAGUUGAGCGGGCCGCCAUUAUUACCUCUGCUACUAUCUCAUUCAAGCGCGCUAUCGAUGCUGGUGAGGUUGAUCCCAUGGAAAUUGCUGGUAAGCCUGAGUGUGCUUGGGGGUGGUCGUGGUUAUUCAACACCACGCGUGUACCACAGACGGAUUGCGAUAAGGUCGUCAGCUAUGCCUCGAGGUUGACUGCGCCAGACGCUCAAGACCACAUCGCCGUUCUGAGAAAGGGUCGCGUCUUCAAGGUGAUGCUCCAAGAUGGGGAUGGCAAGGAUGUAUCGUUCCAGCAGCUUCGGGCCACGUUCGAAGCCAUCGUGGCGCAAGUGGAAGGCGAAGAUGUAUUGUCAACUCUGUUUACAACCGAUGAAAGAGAGUCUUGGGCACAGAUCAGAGAAACCCUAUCAAAAUCGAGCCCUGGCAACGUAGACUAUCUUCACGUUCUCGACUCGGCCAUGUUUGCUCUUUGUCUUGACUCUGGCAGCCCUGAAACUCCCGAAGACAUUGCGCGCCAUGGUUACAUCGGCGACGGUGUUAACCGUUGGUUCGAUAAGGUUCUGCAGGUCUACGUCAGCGCGAAUGGUCGCUCUGGUAUGCUCACCGAGCAUGGCAUUCUUGAUGGUACAACCAUUACUCGCCUUCUCGAUUGGAUCUCCAACAGGAUGGAUACCUACACUCCUCAAUCUGAUGCUCAAUUGGAUGGCUCCCGAUCCUUUCAGGUUGAAUUAGAGCAAGUCGUCUUGCAAAUGACCCCCGAGCUUGAAGCACAUGCCAGUGCUCUUCACGAGAAGUACAAGCAGGCUACUUCCAAGUCAACUUAUGUUCGCGAACAGCUGAGCGAGUUUGGCACCGAUUUUCUGAUUAGAUCCCGUGUUCCUGUCAAAGGAGUCAUUGACGUAACAUUCCAACUUGCCAUCCGCCUAUUUUUCGGUAGAAACAUGUUAUCUUGGGAGCCUACCAGCGGCACUGUUUUCCACGCAGGCCGUCCCGAUGCCAUGCAACGUGCUACGCCCGCCGUCAACGCAUUCUGCGACGCCGCUGCCAAUCUAGCUGAGAACAAAGACACAGUUCGGCUUCGGGGUCUUUUAUUAGAAGCCACCAAGUCGAUCAAUGCCGGCAUGAAGUCUCAGCUCCUUGGUCGCGGGUCGCAACGACUCUUCGAAGUUCUUUCUUACUCGUGGCCUGCAAAUGAGCCAAAGCCUUCUUUUCUGAGCGACAUGGUCUUUUUCGGUCGCCCGAGCCCACCCAUCUUUGCGCAGACGAACUCACUGGAGGGUAAGAUGACGGUUGAUGAUUUUGUUCAUCUGAUGCAAGAUACAGAUGGGUUCUGGUCAUUUAUCAGUCCAGACAAGAAUUCACUGUCAGUGUCUCUUACCGGAGGGCACAAGGAACGAACGGCGACAUUUGUCAAGGAACUUCAUCGCGCAGCGAGCAUUGUGAAGGAUAUUGUUACAACUGGUGCAUGA